GAAAAAAAAAAUGAAGAAACCCAAAUUGUCGAAAGUAGAAAGAAUCGACAAGGUUGAUCUGUUCUCCUCACUAUGGAAGCAGAGAUCGGUUCGUGUAAUUAUGGCAAUAGGGUUUCUCUACCUGCUAAUUGUAUCAGUAGAGAUACCUCUCGUAUUCAAAUCAUGGUCGAGCAGCUCCGUCUCCAUUGAUUCUCUUUCCCGGCUCGAGAAGCUCGACACCGAGCAAGAGCCCGAAGUCGAGAUAAUCCCUAAUCCACCAUCGACGACGGUUCCGUCGUACCCCGAUUCGGACCCGGCCAUAAACCGGACGGACCAGAACAAGGUCCGUGAACAUCACCGAGGUCUUCUCUCAAGCUUGAGAUUCGAUUCGGAAACUUUCGACCCGACCAGUAAAGACGGGUCAGUGGAGCUUCACAAGUCAGCUAAGGAAGCUUGGCAGCUAGGUCGAAAGCUAUGGAAGGAGCUCGAGUCAGGGAGGCUUGAGAAAUCGGUGGAGAAGCCUGAGAAGAACAAAUCAGAUUCGUGCCCACAUUCGGUUUCGUUAACCGGGUCGGAGUUUAUGAACCGGGAGAACAAACUGAUGGAGAUUCCGUGUGGCCUGACACUGGGCUCGCACAUAACUUUGGUGGGGAGGCCGAGGAAGGGUUAUCCCAAGGAAGGAGAUGCGUCUAAGUUGGUGUCUCAGUUUGUGAUAGAGCUUCAAGGCUUGAACUCCGUUGAAGGAGAGGAUCCUCCUCGGAUCUUGCAUUUCAAUCCGAGGCUGAAGGGAGAUUGGAGCCGUAAACCGGUGAUUGAGCAGAACACUUGCUAUAGAAUGCAAUGGGGAUCUUCACAACGGUGCGAAGGAUGGAGGUCAAGAGCUGAUGAAGAGACUGUCUCUAAAGAAGAGUAUAAUAAUCAGUUUGUGAUCCAUUUGCUAGCAGACAAAGCUCGUGCUUCAGUUUUGACCACCAAGUGGAGUAAAUUAAUACUUUAUAGUGUGGUUGCAGUUGAUAGUCAUGUAAAGUGUGAGAAGUGGAUCCGUGAUGAUGAUAACUACUCAGAAGGUUCGAGGGCAAGAUGGUGGUUGAAUCGACUUAUAGGACGGAGGAAAAGGGUCAAAGUAGAGUGGCCGUUUCCUUUUGUAGAAGAGAAGCUCUUUGUUCUCACUCUCAGUGCUGGUUUAGAGGGUUACCAUAUCAAUGUUGAUGGACAGCAUGUUACGUCUUUCCCUUACCGUACUGGUUUCACACUGGAGGAUGCUACAGGGCUGACCGUUAAUGGAGACAUUGAUGUCCAUUCUCUUUUUGUUGCCUCUCUGCCAACGUCACAUCCCAGCUUUGCUCCCCAAAGGCACCUCGAGUUAUCAAGGAGAUGGCAGGCCCCUUUAGUUCCUGAUGGGCCUGUGGAGCUCUUUAUCGGCAUUCUUUCCGCAGGCAAUCAUUUCGCUGAGCGGAUGGCCGUGAGGAAGUCCUGGAUGCAGCAUGUUCUUAUCACGUCUUCAAAAGUUGUUGCUCGUUUCUUUGUGGCACUCCAUGGGAGGAAGGAGGUGAAUGUGGAAUUGAAGAAAGAAGCAGAGUAUUUUGGGGACAUCGUACUUGUCCCUUACAUGGAUAGCUAUGAUCUUGUUGUGCUGAAAACUGUUGCCAUAUGUGAACACGGAGCUCUUGCAUUCUCUGCAAAGUACAUAAUGAAGUGUGACGAUGAUACAUUUGUAAAACUUGGCUCUGUAAUCAAUGAGGUGAAAAAAGUACCUGAAGGUAGAAGCUUGUACAUUGGCAACAUGAAUUACUACCACAAACCUCUCCGUGGGGGUAAAUGGGCAGUCACAUACGAGGAAUGGCCAGAGGAGGACUAUCCGCCCUAUGCAAAUGGACCCGGAUAUGUUCUAUCUUCUGACAUUGCACGCUUCAUCGUGGAAGAGUUUGAGAGACACAAACUACGGCUGUUCAAGAUGGAGGACGUGAGUGUGGGAAUGUGGGUGGAGCAAUUUAAGAACACGUCAAACCCAGUAGACUACAGACACAGUCUAAGAUUUUGCCAGUUUGGUUGUGUUGAGAACUACUACACAGCUCAUUACCAGUCGCCAAGACAGAUGAUUUGCUUAUGGGACAAGCUCUUAAGACAGAACAAGCCAGAGUGUUGUAACAUGAGA